AUGACCAUCACAGCAACAACAACCUACCACCCAGUCGAGCCUCUUAUCCGCGACCUCCGGGACUACAUCCACCGCGACCGGGACCGCACGACCGCCUUCCACACGGCCAUCAACACGGCGCUGUACCCGCACAACGGCGGCGCCCCCGAAAUGGCGCGCGAGGGCAUCCGCUCGCUCGACGAUUUCCUCUGUUUCGCCGACGCACUGCUCCGGUGGGUGCCGCGCGUGACCACCACGGGCGACGAGCUCCUGAACAAGAUCGUCGUCUUCUACUGGGUGAUCGACCAGCCCGCGCUGCGCGGCUGGCAGACCCCCUUCCAGCCCGCCACCUCCGCCGCCGACCUCACCUGGCUCAGCUACUGGCUCGUCUGCUUUGCCCGCCAGCAGGGCCAGUUCCUCCACUCCCGCGAGUCGGCGGCCUCGCUGUAUACCUUCUAUCUGAACGAGCGCUACAACAACGAGGCCGGGGGGUGGGAGGAGCCCGCGGGCGGGUGGCGGUCGUUUAAUCACUGGUUUGGGCGGCGGUGGAAGGAUGUGGAUGCCGUACGGCCGGUGGCGGCGCCCGGGGAUGGGGCCGUCGUGGUGUGUGUGGCGGAUGCGGUGGUCGAGGGGUGGUCGACCCUCACUCGGGCGGGAGAGGUGAUGGUUCCCCCGACGACGACGAUGACGACAGCGAUGGUGGAUUGUAAGUCGGUGGUGUGGCCGGUUGAUCGGUUGUUGCAGGGGAUCUCCGGGGCAAGGGAGGUGUUCGGGGGUGGCAGUUUUGUGCAUGCUUGUCUCGGGCCGGCGGAUUAUCAUCGGCAGCAUGCCCCCGUCUCCGGGAGGAUUGUGCAAGUGAGGAAUAUUCAGGAUCAGGUGUAUUUGCAAAUCGCGAAGAAGAAGGAAGGGCGGGGCCUGCGACCGGAUCGCGGGCUGCGGAGGGAUGCCAAGGAGGAGGUGAGACGCGACAGGAUGCCGUGUAAGGGCCCGCGCAUCCUCGAUGCCCCGGACAAUGCCGGCUGUCAAUGGUGUCAGACGCGGGGAGUGAUUGUCAUCCAGACGGAGGAUUUUGGUCGGGUGGCGGUGGUGCUGAUUGGGAUGGCACAGAUCUCGUCGGUAGUGAUGACCGUGCAUGAGGGCCAAUGGGUGAGGAAAGGAGAUGAGAUCUCUUAUUUCCAGUUUGGGGGAUCGGACGUGGUCAUGGUCUUUGAAAACCCGGUACGAUUCAGGGAGGAUUUGCUGCCGGGGAUUUCGCGUCUGAAUGUUCGAGAGGAGUUGGCGGUUUUCAAGUGA